ACAGACAAGACAUGGCAAGGUGUAGCUAUAUACUUGUCUGGUCAUGAGACUCCAGGGGAAGGAGAACAUAAAAUCAUGGAGUUCAUACGGUCUGAGAAAACUAAACCAGACCAUGAUCCAAAUACAAGGCACUGCCUUUAUGGAUUAGAUGCAGAUUUGAUAAUGCUUGGUUUAACAAGCCAUGAAGUUCACUUUUCUCUUCUAAGAGAAGAGGUUCGCUUUGGUGGAAAGAAGAAUCAAAAAAGAGUUUCUGCACCAGAAGAAACUACAUUUCACCUCCUUCACUUGUCUCUAAUGAGAGAAUAUAUUGAUUAUGAAUUUUCAUCCCUGAAAAACAAGAUCUCUUUUGAAUAUGAUAUUGAAAGAAUAAUUGAUGAUUGGAUUUUAAUGGGAUUUCUUGUGGGCAAUGAUUUUAUUCCUCAUCUACCUCAUUUGCAUAUAAACCACGAUGCACUGCCUCUAUUGUACAGAACAUAUAUUAGUGUCUUACCAGAACUUGGAGGUUACAUUAAUGAGAAUGGGUAUUUGAACCUAGUCCACUUUGAGAAAUAUCUCACAAAACUUUCUGCCUUCGACCGAGAGCACUUCAAUGAAGUCUUUGUUGACUUAAAAUGGUUUGAAAGCAAAGUGGGCAAUAAAUACCUCAAUGAGGCUGCAGGCCAAGCUGCUGAAGAAGCUCGAAACUGUAAGAAGAAGAGCAAGGUUGUCGAUGACUCUCUCUGUCUAAUUGCAUUAGAAAACGAUGGGGAAGAUGAUUCUAAAUGUUUAGAUGAGGAUGCAGAAGAUGAUGAUAUAUUUGAGACUGAGUUUCGACAGUACAAAAGAACUUAUUACAUGACAAAAAUGGGAGUGGAGGUUGUGUCAGAUGAGUUUCUGGCUCAACAAGCUGAAUGUUAUGUCCAGGCUAUACAGUGGAUUUUGCACUAUUACUACCAUGGGGUCCAAUCCUGGAGCUGGUAUUACCCCUACCAUUAUGCACCAUACUUAUCUGAUAUUCAGAACAUCAGUCACUUGAAACUGAAAUUUGAUUUGGGAAAAGCCUUCAUGCCAUUUGAGCAGCUGCUUGCUGUCUUACCUGCUGCUAGUAAGGAUUUGCUGCCACAGGCCUAUCAGAGCUUAAUGAUUAGCCAAGACUCUCCCAUAAUAGAUUAUUAUCCUCAAGAUUUUAAAACUGACCUCAAUGGAAAACAGCAAGAGUGGGAAGCAGUAGUAUUAAUUCCAUUUAUUGAUGAGAUUCGACUGCUAGAAGCCAUGGAGGCCUGUAAUAAGCGGCUGAUUGAGGAAGAGAAGAUGCGCAAUAGACAUAGUGAAUGCUUCAUGUACUGGUUUGAAAAGGAAGCCGACUUCCAAUACAGCUCUCCCUGGCCAGAGAAAUUUCAGAGCGUCGAGCGCUGCCAGGCAAGGUCUAAGAGUAUUUCAUUGGAUGCAUGGCACGUGAAUAUGGUUGAUAACAAAAUCACAAAAGUAAACAAAAGCGCACUGUAUUUUUGUGGCUUCCCAACUCUAAGGCACAUCAAACACACAUUUUCUUUGAGGAAAUCAGGAGUGCAGGUUUUCCAGCAGAGUAGUAGAGGAGAAAAUAUGAUAUUGGAGAUAGUGGUUGAUGAAGACUCUGAUAAUACUAACGUGGAAUCUGUGGCUUCAGCAGUUCUUGGGAAAUCUGUAUUUGUUAACUGGCCUCACCUUGAAGAAGCACGUGUUGUUGCAGUGUCAGAUGGAGAAGUGAAAUUUUAUUUGGAAGAACCUCCUGGAACUCAGAAGCUUUACACUGAUGGAGCUGUACCACCUACAAAAUUAGUCUAUCUUGCUGACAAAGAGAGGAACAUCUGGGUGAAGGAAGUACAAGGGAUCUCAGAACAAUACCAAAGAAGAAAAGGAGUUGUCAUCAAUGACACAUCAGUGCUGUUGUACGCUCAGCUGCUUACUGGACGUCGGUAUCAGAUAACACAAAAUGGAGAGGUUUACCUGGAGAAGCAGUGGUCCAAGCAGGUACUCCCCUUCGUAUACCAGGCAGUUGUGAAGGACAUAACCGCCUUUGAUUCUGGUUUCUCCCAUUUUAAGACACUUGGAGAGCUGUACUCACCAGGGAGUACAGUCUUUAUGCUCGGCAUACCCUACUAUGGGUCAAUGGGAGAGGUUCAAGACUCGUCUGAUGUUCUCAGUGAGAACAGAGUCCGUGUUCUAUUUACCAUUCCUUGUGAACCGCAGCUAGAUGCCUUAAUACAGAAUCAGCAUAAAUUUGCUGUAAAAUAUAACCCUGGAUAUGUUUUGGCAAGUCGUCUUGGAGUGAAUGGAUACCUUGUUUCCAGGUUUACAGGAAGCAUUUUUAUUGGCAGAGGCUCCAAGCGAAAUCCCCAUGGAGAGCAAAAAGCAAAUGUAGGCUUGAAUUUAAAAUUCAUUAAAAAGAAUGAAGAGGUUCCAGGCUAUACCAAGAAAGUUGGAACUGAAUGGACAUAUUCUUCUGCUGUGGAACAACUUCUGGGUGAAUAUAUAGAGAGGUAUCCUGAAUUGUUUACAUACAUUUCAAAAAACAGCCAAGAUGAUAUAUUCUAUGAGGAUGAUAUCUGGCCAGGAGAGGAUGAAAAUGGUGCAGAGAAAGUUCAGGAGAUUGUCUCCUGGCUAAAGGCUCAUCCUGUCAGCAUGCUCUCCCGGUCGUCAUGUGAUUUGCAAAUUCUAGAUUCUGCCAUUGUGGAGAAAAUUGAAGAGGAGGUUGCAAAUUGUAAGACCAAGAAGAGCAAUAAAAAGGUUCGAGUGACUGUCAAACCACAUUUAUUGUUUCGGCCUCUUGAACAGCAGCAUGGGAUUUUUCCAGACAGAGAUGCCGAGUUUCGACUUUUUGACCGCAUUGUCAAUGUGCGGGACAGCUUUUCUGUUCCAGUGGGACUUAGGGGCACUGUUAUUGGCAUUAAAGGAGCUGAAAGAGAUGCAGAUGUCCUGCUUGAAGUAUUAUUUGAUGAAGAAUUUCCUGGAGGCUUGAUUAUAAGAUGUUCCCAGUCUAAAGGUUAUCGUAUGCCAACCAGUGCCUUAAUUAACCUUUCUCAUGGUGUUCGCACAGAAAAUGGAGGGCAGAAGUUAACCGCUACAGUAAAACCGCAAUCGUCCACUAAUCACCAUGCUUCUUAUUCUUCUGAAUUAUAUGCUGGAGGAUCACAAAAAGGACAGCUGGGUGCCCUCAACCAUUCUCCUCGUUCCCUCUUUGUUCCCACACGGCAACCUAGUGGAAAGCAGCAAUAUCAGGGAAAUACCAGUUCACCACACAAAGGUUAUUCACCAGGAAAUCAGAAGCAGAAGCAUAAACAAGAUGAUGAGUUCAGCAAUGUGUGGCAGAUGUUGCAAGCCUCUGGGAAAACACAAGUGCCACAAAAUGUGAAUGACAAGUGUCUACCUCAGGAAAAGAACUUUGGCCAAAAUGCCCAUCAGUUUCACAAACCAGGUUCUGGUGAAAAUACCUCAAAAAGCCAGCAAAAGAAGCCGGAUUCCACACGAAAAGGAAAGCUAGAUUUUGAAUAUUCAAAACAAGAGAACCAGCAUCAAGAUGUAUUAACUAAACAGAAUAUCUCUGAGCCUGUAACACAAAUCAAGCUUUUGAGGAGAAGUGACCUUCCUAAUGAGGUACAGAUAAACAGCAGUGACAGCAUCUUAGAGGCAAAGCAAAACAAUGAGUUUGAAAAAUUUGUUGCAUCACUGAACCUGUCUGGACAGGAUCAAACCCCAGCCACACCCAGCAGAGAGGUUCAUGUUACCACAGAAGAGCAUUUGUCACCACAGUCCUUUGCAAUGAAAGGAACCCAAAUGCUAAAGGAAAUAUUGAAGAUUGACACCAAUGACAGUUCCAGUCAGCAAAAAGACUUUAGAAAGGAUCCUGUGACAACACCUGGACAGCACAAGCAAACCAAACAGAUGGCUGCUCAUAUGAACAGAGCACAGGGUGCAGGACCAUUUUUCAAUGUACCUAACCCAGAAAUAAAGCGCCCACCUCUUCUUCCACAACCUCUGGUCACGCUAGUUUCUGAACUUUGUCGUAUCUGCUCCCUUGUUGGAAUGCAUGCACCGGAAUUUUCACUAAUGCGAACACCACAGAAUUUGACACUCUGUCAAGUUAAGCUGUCAAAUGGUUUGGCCAUACAAGGACCUCCAUGUCAUACUGAAAAUGAUGCAAAGGAGAAAGCUGCCUUGUAUGCACUGCAGAGACUGAGUUCGGUUGGAGCAAACUUCCCUUUGCAAACACCAUCACCUCUUUUUCCGAAUUAUCAGCCUCUUGGAACAGGGGUACCUACUGGGCCAUUGCCAGUGGUUUUUCCUCAACCAGCAGCCAAUGUUAUCCCUCCAGCACCCCAUGUUUUCAGUGGUGUUCCCUGGCGGCCGCCUUUACCACUUCUUAAUAAACCCUACUACCAAGGAACAUAUCCAGGGCAUAUGCCUGCUGGGAGUCACAACCAAUUCAUACCACUGCAGGUAACUAAGCAAAGAGCAGCUGGUAAUAGGAGUUCUGAAGUCCGAGAGCCCUCAGGUUCUUCACAAGGUAAUUCAAGUGCCGAGCAGAGACUGAUUCCUGAUGUGGCCAGUCAGCUUCCCUCAGACAGGUCUCAUGUUCCUGUGACUUCUCCACAAACCCAUCAGCCUCCAACGAAAGACAAGUCUGCUCCAACUGGCUCUUCAGCUCCUCGAGCUAAGCCCACCCCAGGCUCAGGCGGCAGGCGGAAACCUCGGAAAUUAGCCGUGAACUUCAGCGUUCCAAAAGCUUCAGAAUAA